AUGUCCGACACUUCCGACCAUGUCCCAUACAUUCACAUGCUCCCUGUAACCGUCCCAAACGACGUUCCUCUCGGAGUCAAUAUUCUCUUCGGAAAGCAGUGCGACCACUGCCUCUCUCGGAACGUAGACUGCAAAUAUUCCCGCUCGGUCGAAAGCACCAUGCCGCCCACCCGUUGCGACAGCUGCUGGAUCAAUGGACGGACGUGCACGUAUAAUCUUCUCAGCGCCUACGGCGGCUUGACCAUUGAGGACGACAUGCCCCUAUCCGCGCUGGCAUAUAUGGACCGCGACGGCUUCCGUAUCAAUCCACGCCUGCAAGGCCGUGAUCUGGUCUUGGCAGAAGGCGCCAUUCGAUACUUCCUGGCAAAAAGCUCUCCACAGAGCUACUCCGUGUUGGCGUGGCCCUGUGAUGUUUUCAGGCCGAUCUUCGGGGAUGAUGAAGCGUGGCCCAUACUCGAACACUACAACUUUCCCGAAAAGUCCGCUAUGAGGGCUUUGUCCAUAGAAAUGCUCGGCUAUACUCUCCAACAUCGGUGCCGACCACCAGUGAUGCCCUGGGUUGUGGAAGCCUGUGGCACAGGCAUGUGCCUUCCCAUUGCGCCUUUCCGGCAUCUCGAUUACCUACGCCCACGGGUCAGCCCUCUCUGGCAGCACGAAGGGCCUGUACGCAUUUCAUGGCUCCAGCCUGAAAUUACUGGCUUUCAGCAGUCUGGAUCGCCUGGGUGGCAUCCGUUGUCUCGUCCUGCAACCCCACCGCCCGCGUACCCUCAAUUGCAGCCUAUCCUCGACGAAGCCGGUGGAGAAACGCGCGACCACGCUGCUGGAACGCCAGAGUUGGAAGGCGGCACGUCUCAUCCACAGCCCAUCCCGUCCACCACCAGAGGAGUUGACAUAGAACUCGACGGCAAUUUUGGUCUACGCCGACCUGUAUCAUCACCUCCCCGAAUCCCAGACGGCAUCGUCUUGCCUCCCAGCCAGAGCAUCACUCCCAACAACGAAAAUACCCCAGAAGCCAACCAGGCAGGUGCCGGCCCCUCAGAGGCAGAUGGCGGCCUGGUAUACAUCGACGUCGGUGGGGCUGAACGGCGGCUUAACCAGGUGGACAUCGGCCAAGUCUCUGCGCACCGGAGCAGGUACUUGGGUGCAAGACACGCACUACUGGCGGGAUCUCCCACCCCAUGUUGGCAGCUUUACGAGAUGGGCAGUGCCGCGAUGGAUGAGGAAUUGGUCACUAAUCUGCCGUUUGGACUGCUGGACCUGACGGACUCUGCACCAGGUUGGAACAUUCGAAACGUAGACUUUCUCCGAGACGGGAUGGGUGCUACAGACAUGAUGGUUGCAGGUUGGCAUUGCUGGGACCUUGCGGCGCGAGCAGAAACACCGCGGAGAGGAGGCGAAAUACUGCUAUACGCAUGUCAACGAUGGAACGUGAUACGAUUCAAGUGA